UUCAUUAUUCAACAUUCAAAUCGAAAGCUCGGAUCGAGAGAAGUGGAGGUGAGGCUCAUCGGAGAUUUGUUAGAUUUAGGGUUCCGGCGAUGGCGGAGCGCUCGGAUGAAACGCUGUUGGAUAAGAUAACCGAGAAGAUCCACGCAGUUCAUGACUCCUCGUCGUCCGAUUCCGAUGAUGAAAAAAACAAGCCAUCGGAUUCGUCGCUUAAGCCCAACAUCUACCGUCUUUUUGGCAGGGAGAAGCCGGUACACCAGGUCCUUGGUGGUGGAAAGUCUGCGGAUUUGUUUCUCUGGAGGAAUAAGAAGGCAUCAGCUGCAGUUUUAGGCGGGGCUACUGCCAUAUGGGUUCUUUUUGAAUUGAUGGAAUACCAUCUUCUCACGCUGGUCGGCCAUAUUCUCAUACUUACAUUGGCGAUCCUGUUUCUCUGGUCUAAUGCAGCCUCGUUUAUCAACAAAUCUCCUCCAAACAUUCCUCAUGUGAGCAUUCCCGAAGAUCUGGCUGUGAACAUUGCGCUUUCUCUAAGGUUUGAGAUCAACCGUUCUAUUGCUGCUUUGAGGGAGAUUGCUUCAGGGAGAGAUUUGAAGAAGUUUCUUGCCGUGAUUGCUGGCCUUUGGGUUGUCUCUAUUCUUGGAAGCUACUUGAAUUUCCUCUCCCUGUUUUACCUUGUGUUUGUUCUUCUGCAUACGGUGCCUAUUGUGUAUGAGAAAUAUGAGGACAAAAUAGACUCCUUUGGUGAGAAGGCAGUGGCAGAAAUUAAAAAGCAGUAUGCAGUAUUUGAUGCCAAGGUUUUGAGUAAAGUGUCGAAGGGCCUAUCGAAGGAUAAGAAGCAUUAGAAAGGUGAGGAAUGAUUUUGUUGCUGGACUGUAUCUGUGAGUUAGAUGACUUUUCCUUGUGCUAUAUGGUUUUAAGACUGCAUUAAUUGAUGUUUAGUUAUAGAAUUUGCCGUUUUUUUU